UGUUUGAAGAGAGAGUUAGCUAGCUAAAUCAAUUUUAGCUUGCUAGCAUUGUCCUUUAGCUUAGCCUUAGCAACAUGCUGAGGUAAUUUAAUCUGACCAGUAACUCAAUAUGUCCAAGAGCAAGACAAAGAAAAGUCUAAAGUCCGGAGUGCAAAUGAUGUGAAUGGUGCCCUCUGGUAAGUCAGCUUCUGCUCUGAUUAUACUCUGAUUAUAGUAAAGAACAUAUUUCACUAUGAUGGCGUCGGACGAGAUUAAACACGAGGAUGCGGAACCCGUGGCAAGUUCCAGUAGUCCGGAGCGGUCUUCCGAACAGACGGAAGAUGAAAUGCACAUCUGCUCACGUUGUGGAAAAUGUUUUCCAAACCAGAGUCGUCUCCAAACACACCAGUGUGUUCAUAUUAAAGGGAAGCCAUACCAGUGCUCUGAGUGUGAGAAGUGUUUUAACGAUCGCAGUAGUCUUAUAAAGCAUCUGCGAAUCCAUACAGGAGAGAAGCCCUAUCAGUGCUCCGAGUGUGGGAAGUGUUUCACUCAGAAGGGUCACAUCACUAAACACCUGCAGAUUCACACACAAGAAAAGCCAUAUCACUGCUCGCUCUGUGGUAAAAACUUUAAUUACCUCUGUAAUCUCCAGCGACACCAACGCACUCACACGGGAGAGAGGCCCUUUCAGUGUUCACAGUGUAAGAAGAGGUUUAGUGAGAAAGAUGGUCUCAUAAGACACGAGCGCAUUCACACUGGAGAGAAGCCGUACGAGUGUUUGGAGUGUGGGAAGAGUUUCACUGAGAGAGGGAGUCUCCUAAAACACCAGAGGAUUCAUACAGGAGCGAAGCCGUUCGAGUGCUCGUUCUGCGAAAUGAGUUUUACACAGAGGUGUAAUCUCCAACAGCACGAGCGCAUUCACACAGGAGACAAACCAUUUUACUGUCUUGAGUGCGGGAAGAGCUUUAAUCGGGAGACAGCUCUCCAAGUUCACCAGUGCAGUCACACGGGGGAGAAGCCGUAUCACUGCUCAGAGUGUGGCAAGAAUUUUAGUGACCAGAGUAAUCUCCGACAACACCGACGCAUUCACUCAGGAGAGAAGCCGUACAUCUGCUCGCAGUGUGGGAAGGGUUUUACACAGCACUGUCACCUCCAAGUCCACCAGCGCAUUCACACGGGCGAGAGGCCCUUUCCCUGCCCCCAGUGCGGGAAGAGUUUUACACAGCAAUGUCAUCUCCAGCGCCACCAGCGCAUUCACAUGGGUGAAGUUGUAUCAGAACUGAUCGUGUGGGAAGAUCUUUACAGCACAAUGUCACCUCCAGGUACCCCAGGACCGUCAGAGAGCUGUGAUUGAAGACAACAUGCCGUUGGGCUGUGAACCACGAAACUAUGCUGACAUGAUUGAGCUUCCUAUUGUUUGUGUUUUUUCUGCUUUUGUUUAGCUUAUAAUUGACCAUCUGUGUGAGAGGUGCUAUAUGAAUUGUUUGUGCUUGUGUUUCAUUUUGAAUUGUUCGCAAAGUGACCUUAAGUAUGAGAAAGGUGCUAUACUCUAGAGGACUACAACCUGUUCUGCAGGCCUUGCAUAACUAUCCCCCUUGAGUGUUACACCCUAGGACUGAAUUGUGAUUUUUGCCAUUGGACACAUGACUAAAUGACCCCAUGCCAGGGUAUCAUGCUAUGUAAGUAAUGGGUAGAACCACGAUAGGCAGCUAUUAAAGCUGCGACCCUUAAGGGUUUGCCCAUUCUCAAUAAAAUUGGCCAAGCUAUGUCAAAUCAAAUGGAGUCAUGUUGGUGGACAGUAACUUUUGCCACAGAUUCUCGUUUGGUUUGAGGUCUGUGAAGAUACAGGGCUGAUGUAGCACAUUCUGAUGGUAGAGUAACCUCCACUCCAGUCUCAAAACUCUUUUCUGGAUUUGGUGUUGUCCAUCUUGCCCUCAGACCUAAAGCAUUUCCAUCUUCCUAAUAUAAUGCUUCCACCAUAAUAUAUGCAGUUUAAAUGGUGUUCUCAUGGUGCUGAGCAGUGUUGGGUUUUUGCCAGACAUGACACUUUCUUGCCAAAAGACAAAAAGUCCAGAUUUUGGUGUCUCCAAAAUGCCUCCACAGGCCACCUUUAUGUAGUGUUAGCGCUAUGGUUUACCUGCGAACAGCUUCUCCCUGAGCUGUAGAUCUAGACCUUAGACCUUUUAAUGGCUUUACCAUUGGCCUUGACUGACAUCCUCUUUACUCGAUCGUGGUUGUUCCACAUUUGUUUAAGUAGUGCUUGUUUUUUAGCGCUCAUUUGUUCACUAGCUGCUGUUUGUGUUCUGUAAUUGUAUUCUGUGACAAACCCAGGAACAGAUUUACUAGUGAUUUAGAUUUUCAAACUCUAUGUAUUUGUGUCCCCCCUUUAUUUCAAUACUAUGAGCUAUAUUGUGUAGAUUCCUAGACAUAAAUUCCCAGUGAAGUCCAUUUCAGUUCCAGGUUGUAACACGUGGACAUGUUUAAGGCACCGCAUGUAGUGUUUAACUUAUUAGCUAAUGACUGAAAAACCAAAUCUGACCUGGUUGCACCUGAUCACACAUCAGCCCAACCAUCUUUCUUUGUACCAGGAGUAUCUCAGGAGUUUCCUCCUUCCACAGCAGAUGUUAGUCAUCUUAGUCUAUGGUGUGUAAUUAUGAUUGUCGAUGUGAUUUUAUUUUAAACAUUUACUUUAAAGUGUGUUAACUUUAUAUGGAAUACAUUUCACUCUAAGUCUGUUGAAGAGUUUUGUAUAUUCCGGAGAAAACGUUUCCGACAGCAGGUAUUGAUCUUCACACUUACAUCUAUUUGAUAUUAACAGAACAGAAGGUUUUCAUCAGAGAUUUUUUUUGUAAAGCCUGGAAGAUAAAACAUCAUCUUCUGCAUGUUACAGCUUCUAUGGUUAAUCAAUGUCACGUAUGAUGGUCAGCCAUGAGGUGUAUAGAAAACCCCUUAAACUACAGCUGGAUUGUCCUUUUAAAGAGGACAUAGAAUAGUAAAUAAUAAUAAUAAUCUUAGUCAGGCCAUCCUUAAAAAUAUUUUGCUUUGCCGUAACAUGAAAAAAAGAAGGGGGGUGGUAGGUAGGUCUAUUUUUUAUUCAUUUAUUUUUUUUACGUUUCAAUGUAAAAAAAAAAAAAAAAAGAAAGUACAAUUUUGGUGAUGGUGAUUACGUAGGUAUGACUUUAAGCAAAUUAGCAUAUCGUGACGUCACUGACUGGGUCUUCACCCCGUGCCUUCGGGCGCAUCAUCGCAAACCUUAUUUUGAUGCUGGACAGUUUUUCCAGAACUUCGUGCCAAGUUAAAGCGGUGUCGAGCUGUUUUAAUGAAUUUUCAGAUGUAUUAUGGCGCCCGAACCCGUAUGACUUUGAACGGUGACGGCGAACAUUUUGUUUACUGCAGCCGCAGCCAACAUUACCGAGCGCAAACCGUUGACUCUGACAAUGAAAGAGAAUGAGACCAAGCGAAUCGGUAACCAAUAGUGUAAACACAGAUGACGUCACGGGUUUUUAUUUAAAAGAAAGAACGUAGCCUUCGUCUGUGUGUAGGCCGAGGCAAUUUAUAUAUUAACAAUACUUACUAAAAUAUAACUCUUAAUAUUUUAUCACUUUUGUAUUAGUUGUUUGAAGAGUUAAAAAAAAAUUGGUUGGUCUUAACACAAAUUUACAACUGGCAAGUCGGUCGGACUUAAAGCAAAAAUAAAUAAAAAAUUGAGUCGGUCGGGUUACGGUGAACAAAUAUUUUUAAGGAUGGCAUCAUUUACAUACAUGAAUAAUUAAAAAUGGAAAUGAAGGAUCCUACAGUCGUGUUGUGUAAACUUUCUUCUGAUGCUUACGACCUAAAUAAGAAGUAAUAUUUGUUGCGUAACAUCCUGCUUUUCUCAAUACUACUGAUGUUGGAUGUAUUCUGACUGUAGAACAAUUUUUGAUCGGUUACAAAGCUGUAAACAAGCUGCACCAUCUAUAGUUCUGUAAACUUAUACAUUUGACUGUUUUAAUGGUUUAAUUGUCAACUCCUGCCUUGAAGUGAUGAGCACAGUUCGCCAAGGACCUCUGUAGAGUUUAGUUAGAUUAAUGACGUUCACCAACACACACACAGUUAAACCGAACCUAAAGACAAACUUCAGUGACGACCCGGCAGGUUGACAUAAAUAUCUCUUUAGACUAACACUUCAUAUUUAAGUAUUUAAUUCUGUUUUGUUUUUUUUUGCCCCCAGAAACAGGUCGGUCUGUGCUUACUUCUGGUGUGUAAUCAAAUGUUAUUCAAUAUAAUGUGUGAUUUAAUCCUCACUGUUACUGUUUUUUUUUUUACUUGUCACAUUUGUAUGUGGUUUGGUCUUAUAUAUGCUGUAUUAUCCUUGUAGAUGUUGAUCAUUUAAUCUUAAACUUGUAUUGUAUUCUG